GCACAGCGCUAUAUUGUUGCCUUAUUAUUUUAAUUACUAUAUAUAUUUCAGAAAACAUAUAGUCAAUCUUUAUUCAACUAAAUUCACCCCUAGCCGUUUAAGUUACUGUAAGGAAAUAAUUGUUAAGCGUUAACAUUUAGGUAUUAUUAACAAAGGAAACAGAAAUUCAUCUCAUCAUAUUAGAUUUUUUUAGAACCUUCGAGAAGCUUUACUAAUCGCAUAGCAAGAAUUUCGUGCGAGCCGUGUGCUAAAAGUUUAUGUUACAUGAUAUCUACUUAAUCGUCUCUUGGCGAGAGAUAAGCGACCUGCGCCUCCUGUGCGCGUCCCUUACUGAAACAAAGGAACUAAAUGCUUAUUAGAUUAAAUACAUUAUUAAAUCAAAUUAAUAUUACCUAGAUUCCCCUUUUAACAAGAAAUUACAUUAUAUUAUAUAUAUAUAUAUAAAUUACAUUAUAUUAUACAUAUAUAUCGAACGAUAUCUUUGUAAUUUUAUAUUUCAACAUUUGGGCAUAGUAUAAAUCAGUCAUUUUAAAUAUUUUAUUAUUCAAGAUAACAUUGAAACAGGAAGUGAAUUUCUGGAUUCCUAAUAAUGUAAACCAUAGUAUUUAGCAAUUACGAACGAAAGAAAGUAGGAGAAAUAUAAGCAUGACAUAGUAAUUAUUAAUGAAAGUCAAUUAAGCGUAUGAAGAACAUGUUAACAUUGCCAUUUUCCUUAAAUAAUUAGCAAACUGCCAUAUAUACAUAAAUGACAUACUUUACACAACCAUAAAAAUCAUCUUUUUAUGUUCAAAUUCUCCUGAGCCUAAGGGUGAAUUCACAUCUUGACAGAAAAGCGGAAAACAGAAAAGCAGAAGCCAAUCAGAAUUCGCGUUGGUAGUUAAUAGUUUUUUGCUUUCUGCUUUUCUUGCUACCAGUGCGAGUUCUGAUAAUCAUAAAUUCUUUUGUUCUCUACUAAAUCUACUAUCACAUAUGAAAGCGAAUAAUCGCAUAGCGUAACGCUUAAUUGACAUGCGCAGAAGACAUUUCAUUGUCUCGCGAUAGCGUUCGCGCGCCGAGCCGAAAUGUAGGAAGGCGAUCGAGCAGAGCGCGCAGUCUUAAAAGAUCUCUUGACCAAUACGGACAUUUUCCUAGCCAGAAGGAAGUCAUUGUGCAAUUAGCACCGAAUUCAUACCUCUUACUAUAAAUCGUCUACUACGUCGUGAAGGAGUUACCAAUUAGGCUUGUCGAAUCGUUUCCCGAAUCUCACACUGGUCAAUCCAAGGCUUAAUUAUUAACUCAAUUUUAUCACUCUCGCUGCUAAAUCACCUUUCUGCAAAAGAUGGAGAAUACACUGGAUUCAAUUCGUCCUUCAGAAAAUCCACAAGAAGAUAUGUCAUAUCUAUUCGGCAGAGAUCCAAGUAUUUUGGCAUACAGCCAGAGGCCAUUACUCUCAAAGAUUACAAGAAAGAAUUUACUUUCUGUAUAUGAAACGGAAGAAGACAAUUUUACCAAUGAUAAUGCAUCUGAGCGUUCUGAGUCACAAACUUUACAAACUAUUAAAGUAUACCUUAGACUUAAACCAUUUCCAAAGAAGCUGAAAUUAACGGAAGAUCAGCAAGAGGCAUAUAAGAUUGCAAAUUCUACAACUUUGCUCACGAAGUUGCCCAUACUGGAUAACAGUGGAAGCAUCAAACAGUCCAAAAGUAAUGAGAUUAUAUGUCGCAAAUUUAUCUUUUCACAAACAUUUGGACCAGAGACUACUCAGCUGGAAUUAUUUGAACAAACAGUCCAGCAGCAGAUGAUUGAGUUUUUAGCUGGACAAAAUUGCACUAUAAUGACAUAUGGUACUACAAAUUCAGGAAAGUCAUACACAUUGCAAGGGACUCCUACAUCACCUGGACUUGUACCACGUGCACUGGAGUUUGUAUUCAACAAUGUUACAACAAGACCAAACCCAUUUUAUAAACCUCUGCAUUAUAGCGAUGUGAUCACUCUUAACGCUCUUGAACGUGCACAGGAACUUGAAGUAAAAACUAAAUUACUAACAUUUGGUUCUGUUGAUAAACAUCAGUACAUGAAUACCUACAAACAAAUGCAAAAAUUGCUGCAAGAGGAAUCAAUUCGUCCCAGUCAAUGCUACGAUGCUCAUUACUCGGUUUGGGUUUCAUUUGCGGAAAUCUAUAAUGAAAUUGUUUAUGACUUAUUAUCAAAUGAAUGCCAAAAAAAGAGGAUCCCUUUAAAAUUGGGAGCAGAUUCCAAUGGCAGGGCAUUUAUCCGAGGCUUGAAGACUAUUUAUGUUAAUUCAGCGGCGGAAGCUUACCAGAUCUUGAUGGCAGGGCAAUAUAAUCUAAAAGUAGCCGCAACGGCGUUAAAUGCAAAAAGUUCAAGGUCACAUUGCAUAUUUACAAUUAUAUUGUUAAAAUAUUAUGCAGAAAAUUUGCCCGAUACGGUUGAAGUGAGCACAUUUUCGUUUUGCGAUCUGGCAGGCUCAGAACGUUUGAAGAAGACAUUGAAUAUUGGCGAUAGAUUAAAAGAAGCACAAAAUAUUAAUACUAGUUUACUAGUAUUAGGCAGAUGCUUGAAAUCCAUUCACGAAGGACAGUUAGUUAGAACGAAAACAGAUACUGUGGGACCAUUUAGAGAAUCCAAAUUAACCAGAUUAUUCCAACGAGCGUUAUCGGGCAAGGAGCACCUAGCUCUGAUUGUUAAUGUCAAUCCUUUACCUAAUCUUUAUGUAGAGACCCAAAAUGUUUUAAAUUUCGCCGCCAUCGCAAAAAGAAUUGUUAUAGAAAGAAAAAAGCAAAUACAAAAGAAGUUAAAAUCGAGAUUUUCGCAAAUAGUCACGCAGAGUAUACAAACGGUAACCGAUUGGGAUACCACGGAACUGGAAAGCGUGGAUUGGCAGCCUACAAGUAAUGCGGAGGAUGAUUCGGAAUACAUUACUUCGGAGGAGUAUAUGGAUCUGGCAAAUGAAAACGAAAAAUUGAAAAAGGAAAUUGCUCUUUUAAAGAAUUCAGCCUUAAUUCAAGAUCUUCAAAGCCGGCAGGAGAUGGCCGACAAAUAUAUUUCGAUGAUAAACGAGCUUGAAGUUGAUUGGAAACGACGUAUAAAUGACGUCGAGUCCCAACACGAAGACGCUCUCGAGUGGACUGUGAAGCAAGUUGAAGAAUUUUACAAGGGAAAAUUAAGUCAAUUAAGUAGGAAGAGAAGAAAACAUAGCGAAUGCACUGAUGGCAGUGACGAGGAUGAUGACAGUCUUAAAAUAACUAUUAAUGAAUUAAUUAAAGAAAGUACGCAAUUGAGAGAGAAGAAUGAAACUUUAAAGAAAACAUUAACUGAAUUAAAAAUAACGAAUGAAACUUUAAUUGUGGAGAAAAACAAAGCUUUCUUUGAAUUGGGAUUGUCGAAGGAAGAUUUAAAAGUUGCGAGAAAUCUUCUAGAAACUGCUCAAAAAGAUAUUUGCUUUGCUCAAAAUGGUGAAGCUUAUAUAAAGGAAAUGACAUCGCAAUUACUUGUUAAAGACGAACAAAUAAAAAAACUCAAAGAAAUUCUUAAUGAAGCAAAAGAAGAAUACAUUACAAUUACAUCUGAUUUGAAAAAGAAAGAACUUUGCAUUGAUGAGCAAGCAAAAAUUAUAGUAGAAAAUGAAGAGAAAAUUGAAGAUUUAGAAUUACAUCUUGAAGAUGUUAAUGUUUGCUUGACGGAAAAAACAAGAAUAGUGGAGCUUCUAGAAGAAAAACUGGAACAUCAAAAUGAAAAUAAAAUCUUACAAAUGCAAGAAGAAAUUAAUAAAUUGAAGGAUGAAAAAUUAGCGUUAAUUAAAUCUUAUGAAGAAAAAUUGAACUCAACGACAUCUACUCAAAACGAAUAUCAAGAGAUCAUUAUAAAAGAAGAACUGAUUACUGAGGUGUCAGAAGAUUCAAGUAUGAUCAGAAAAAAUGUGAAAGAAGGAACAGAAAAUGGAACAGUAUCUGCUAAAGAAACAGAUUCAAAUAAUUUGAACCCCACAGAAGAAAAGACAAUUCCUAAACGAAUAUUGGUGGAUACAGGUUGCCAAGUGGAUAUAAUAAAUGCGAAGGAUUACAACGAAGAUAGUAAAAAUGAGUUGGAAGAAAGUACUCAAGGUGUUGUAACAAUAACAACAUCCGAAGGUAUUCAAACCAGUAGUAAAAUGUCUUUAAAGGAAGAAGCUGUUCAGACUGACGAUAUUGCGGAUGACAGUCUGAAAUUACAAUUAAAUGCAUUGACACAGAUUAAUGAUGAUAUGAAAAAGACACUGCAGACUUUAAAAGAAGAGAAUCAUUCGAAUAAAACCAUCGUAGAUGAAUAUAAAAAUUCCGCGGAAGUACUUAAGAAACAAUUAGCACUCGCUACGGAAGAGAAACGGAAGAUAGAAGAGACUCUGCUAAGCUCCGAUACGGCCUCGAAACAGAAAAUUGCAGACUACGAAUGUGAAAUCGAUCGAUUGGAAAAGAAUCUUGCAGCUGCAAAUGAAAACGCUCAACAGUACAUGGAGAAAUUGGAAACGACUCAGAAAGAAUUGGAUGACUAUAUGUUAAAAUGUAAAGAAGAAGAAAAAGAGACAGACGUGCGCAAAUCGGACAAAUUCGUUUCGGUGAAGGAAGAAGAUAUCGAUACAAAUAAUAUGAGUGUAAAUCAGUUAGAUGAGUAUGCAGAAAAGAUAUCGCAGUUAGAAGAUAGUCUGGAAACUAUAGAUAAGUUGAAGUAUGAUAUCGAUCAGUUGAACCAAAACUUGGAAACGUGUCGAGUAGAGAAGAACUGUAUACAGAUGAUGCUUGAGAAGAAUAAUAAGGAAUUGUCAGAGUUGGAGAGUCGGUUACAGGAAACGGCCGUGAAGGAACAGGAAAAGGAUGUCGAGAUCGCGACCUUGCAGAAGGAACUGAAACGUAUGAUACAAAAGAUCGAAAAUGCCGAGAGAGCCGACGACAUGAUGGAAACGGAAUUAAAGAGCGCUAUAAACGAAUUGGCGCAGACCAAGCAGAAGCUUCUCGAAAAGGAGCAGCAUUUAAAAGAGCUGAAGAUACAUUCGGAGAAUUUCGAAAGAAACGCGAAAAUCCUUAAUCUACUCGAGCAGAACGCAAAGGAGCGGCAGGUCGAGAAUGAACGGCUGCGGAAUAUAAACGACGACCUGAGGACCAGCCUGACGCAGAAGGAGCGUGAGAUGGACGCGUUCAUGAAGAAUCGCGACGAGACGGUCACCAAGUAUGAGGCUCUGGUGAAGAAUCAGCAGGAGGAGUUGGACAUGCAGAAGCGGGAGGUGAUGAGGUACCAGGAACUGUUCCGUCGGCAGAUGACGCCGACGCCGAAUAAGGAUGACUACAAGAAGCUGCAGAAUCGUGUAGAGAUACUCCAGGAUAGAUUACAGAAAUACGAGAGCGGCUCGAGGACCAAAAACGAUUGUGACAGCACGUCGGAGGAGGAGGUCUUGACGCAACGUCAAACUAAACGGCGGGGAAAGAAGACCGCCGUCUUAUCCGCCAGGCAGGAGAACAUACCGGUCAUCGAAUUAUCCGGCUCCGAAUCGAAACGUAGCACAAGAAACACCACUUUGCCACCGCCGGAAACCACUUUACCGCCCGCGCCAUCGACCGAGAAGAGGCGCACUCGUAGAAAGAAGCUAUUCCUCGAGAAUGAUUCGUUUGCGGAGAUUGAACCUGUCGCCGCGUCUUUGCCAACUCGAAAUUUAAGGAAUCGGAAGAAAUGAGGGAAAUAUAUAGGACACAUUGUAAAUACUUUGUAUAUGCUGAUAAGGGAUGAGAAAGUACAAACGAAAAGGAAAAAAAAAACAAACAUGUAAUGUAUAGUUCGCGAGUACCGCUUCUUCUGUGAUUUUCAUUGAUCAAAUAAUAUCAUACAAAUACUUAAUUACACGUUCAUUGAAAAUUCACUCUUCUCUUUUCUUUUUUUAAUAUCGUACGUAUUAUAUUAAUUUUACAUAAUAAUAAUUAAAAUAAUUUUUAAUAAAUAAUUGAAGUAAUUUUUGUAUAUGUUCUACUUGUGUCAGGAAAUGAUAGUACAUAGUAAUUAUCAUCGACAAAAUCUUUAUUAUCGUGACAUUUUCUAUAUUAUUAUGCUAUAUUAUUUUAAAAUUUACUAAAAUUCGAAAAUCUCCAAUGUAUUUAUAAACGCAAUUUAUAAACAUCAUCUGCAUUUCAU